AUGCUUGAAGAAAGUAUCUUCCAGAAACUGGCAUGCCAGUGUUUCGACCCUCUUUACCUUGACCGUGUCUUUGAGCACUUCACACUUUGUACUCUUGGACACCCCAGGUUGCACUUGACACAAGCAAGACCCACAGUGAGGUUAAACCUGUGGGAGGACAUUCUGUUGUGCAGUACGUGGGGAAACUACCAUUUUAAGACUUUUGAUGGAGAUUUUUUCCAGCUUCCCUCUACUUGCAACUAUAUCCUUGCAUCCCAUUGUAAGGGAAGCUAUGAGGAUUUCAAUAUCCAGCUCCAACGGGAAGAGAUAAAUGGGGUCACCAGCAUUAAGAAGGUCUCUAUGAAACUAGAUGGGGUCGUGGUGGAAUUGUCCAGUUCUUCCAUCAAAGUCGAUGAUAACUUUGUCACCAUACCAUUUAGCCAGGUUGGCAUUUCAAUUGAAAGAUCUGUCUCCUAUGUCAAAAUCGUAGCAAAGCUGGGUUUGAACAUCAUGUGGAAUGAAGAAGAAUCUUUCUGGGUUGAGCUGGAUGCAAAGUUCAAAAAUCAGACAUGCGGACUGUGUGGCGACUUCAACGGAGUUCAGAUGUAUAACGAGUUUAAAACAGAAACAGGGGAUUCUAUAACUACUGAAUAUUUUGGAGAGGUCUGGAAAGCCAAUGGUCCUACUGAAAAAUGUGAGGAAAUUUCCUCCCCAGCCACACAGACCAAUGCAAAUCAAAAAUACCUGUGUAAGGACCUUCUGUCUGGACCUGCAUUCCUCAGCUGUAGAGACCUAAUUGAUACUGACUCCUUCAUCAACGCCUGUGUUAAGGACCUGUCCCACUGUAACAGCAGUAGUUUGUCAUGCUUGUGUUCAACCAUGUCAGAGUACUCCCGUCAAUGUGCUCAUGCAGGUGGAAAUCCGCAACAAUGGAAGACCGCACAACUCUGUGCUGAAACAUGCCCAUUCAACUUGGAGUACAGGGAAUGCGGUAGUCCAUGUACAGACACUUGCAGCAACCCCCAGAGAAGCCAAGUAUGUGAGGAUCACUGCGUGAAUGGAUGCUUUUGUCCAUCUGGGACUGUCUUUGAUGACAUUACACAAAGCGGGUGUGUUCCUGUUGGCCAGUGCUCUUGUUUACACAACGGCAAGUCAUACAAACCAGGGGAAUCCUACUCAAAGACAUGUCAAAAAUGCACUUGUGCACAGGGUCAGUGGAGCUGUGAGGAUAUGAACUGUCCUGGUAUCUGCUCCAUACUGGGUGGCUCCCACAUCUCCACCUACGAUGACAAAAUAUACACUUUCCACGGAGAAUGCUCUUAUGUACUUUCAAAGGAAGUUAAUGGGACUUUCACUGUCCUGGGUGACCUGAACAAAUGUGAAAAGUCAGAUAAAUCAACGUGCCUGUCUGCAGUCACUCUACUACUGCCAAAAUAUCUGAUGAUUGCAGUUAGAGCUAAUGGACAAGUUUUUGUUAACAAACUAUCCUCUCAACUGCCUCUUUACUUGGAGGACAUAACCAUCUUCAGCCCAUCAACAUUUUACAUUGUUAUCCAUACCACCUAUGGGCUCCAUCUUGAUAUUCAGCUCACACCCAUUAUGCAGGUUUACAUCAAAGCAUCUGUGUCCAAUAAGGGAAAACUCAAAGGCCUUUGUGGAGAUUUUAAUGAUGUUGAGGCUGAUGACUUCAAAACCACACAGGGACUGACUGAGGGAACAGCUGUUACAUUUGCCAACACUUGGAAGACCAAAUCAAGCUGUCCGGAUGUGACAAACAUACUUGAGGACCCCUGCGAUCUGAGUAUAGACAAGGAAAAAUAUGCCAAAUACUGGUGCUCCUUGCUGUCCGACAAAAAAGGGAUUUUUGCCCAGUGCCAUUCUGAAAUAGACCCACAAGACUAUCACGAUUCUUGUAUUUAUGACACAUGUGCCUGUGAGCAAAGUGAGGAGUGCAUGUGUGCUGCCAUCUCCUCCUAUGUCUAUUCAUGUGCUGCUGCAGGUGUCUCACUGAGUGGAUGGAGGAACACAGUGUGCCAGAAAUACACAACCGACUGCCCUCCUACUUUGGUGUAUGGCUACCAGAUGACAAGCUGUGGUCGCACCUGUCACUCUCUUAGUCAGUCUGACUUAACAUGUGAGGUUGAAUUAACCCCAUUUGAUGGCUGCGGCUGUGCUGAAGGAACUUACCUAAAUGAAAAGGGGAAGUGUGUGUCAGCCUUACAUUGCUCCUGCUAUACGGAAGACAAGAUGGUGCAGUCUGGGGAGAUCAUCAAGGGGGAAAGCGGUGCAUGCUACGAUCCAAUGGUUUUCUUCAAUUGCUCACAUGCAGAGGCCAGUGACAAGGGAUCAGAGUGCCAAAAAAGCUGCCAGACUCUGGACACAGAAUGUGUCAGUACACAGUGUGUCUCUGGCUGUGUGUGUCCUGAUGGCCUUUUGUCAGAUGGUAAAGGAGGUUGUGUUAAGGAAGAGCACUGUCCCUGCACAUAUGGUGGAAUAUCCUAUAAAUUUGGACAGACGAUCACUGUGGACUGUAAUACCUGCACUUGCAAAAGCAGAAAAUGGGAAUGUACAGAUCAAGAGUGUGGUCAAACCUGUACAAUAUAUGGAGAUGGGCAUUACAUCACUUUUGAUGAAAAGAAGUUCUCCUUCACUGGGGACUGUAACUACGUCUUCACUCAGGAUUACUGUGGGGAUGAUAUGAAAGGCACGUUCAGGGUCCUGACUGAGCGCAAUCAAUAUGGAACAACUGAAAGCAGCCAUUCCACUGCUGUCAAGCUCUUCUUGGGGAACAGUGAAAUUGUUCUUUCAGAGGAAAAUGUCAGAGUUACCAAACAAAGCAAGGGGUUAGACAUACCCUAUAAGGUUCACACUAUCGGUAUGUAUCUUGUCAUUGAGGCAAAGAAUGGUCUUGUUCUCAUUUGGAAUAAGAAAACAACAAUUAUGAUCAAACUCAGCCCCACAUUCAAGGGCAAAGUGUGUGGUCUGUGUGGGAAUUACGAUGGAAAUGUCAAGAACGAUUUCACCACCAGAAACAAAGACGUUGUUGUUGAAGCUCUUGAGUUUGGAAACAGCUGGAAAAUGUCACCUACCUGCCCUGACACAGAAGCACAAAAGAAUCCCUGCACUCUGUACUCCUACAGGCACGCAUGGGCAGAGAAACACUGCAGCAUUAUCAAGAGUGAAGUGUUUGCUGCCUGCCAUGCGAAGGUGGAUCACCAAAAUUAUUAUGAUGCCUGUGUGAGAGACACAUGUGCCUGCAAUACGGGUGGAGAUUGUGAGUGUUUCUGCUCGGCUGUUGCAGCCUAUGCAGAAGUCUGUAAUAAAGCCGGAGCCUGUGUGAGAUGGAGAACUCCCAAAAUCUGCCCUCUAUUCUGUGAUUUUUACAACACCGAUGGAGAGUGUGAAUGGCACUAUAAGCCUUGUGGAAAUCCGUGUAUGAAAACAUGCAGGAAUCCCUCAGGAAGGUGUUCCAAUCAAAUUCCAGCAUUAGAAGGCUGUUAUCCAACUUGCCCACCCGAACAACCUUAUUUUGAAGAAGUUACCAUGAAGUGUGUGUCAGAGAAGGAAUGUGGCUGCUAUGAUGAUGAAGGGAAGCGUUAUAAAGAAGGAGAGAUAAUGACACCAAAGGAAAACUGUCACAAGUGUUAUUGUUAUUCAACAAAGGUGGAGUGCACCUAUGAUGUGCAAGCUUGCACUUGUUUAUAUAAUGGGCACAUAUACGACUAUGGAGAUACAAUCUAUAACACCAAUGAUGGAGAUGGAAGCUGUAUAACUGCUGUUUGUGGAAAAAAUGGAAAUAUCACUAGAGAAAUAGAGCCUUGCCAUACAACUACAACGACUGAAACACCGACUUCUACAACAAGUUUCUACAACAACAGCAGUGCCAUCUCCCUCAUUGCCUUCACCCGCAACCACAGAAAUCACAACCGAAAAACCAACCACAACCACAGAAAAAGAAACCACAACCAUGGAAAACCCAACCAUGACCACAGAAAAAACAACCAGAAUAACAGAAAAACCAACCACAGUCACAGAAAAUUCCUCAACAACAGCAUUAAUUACUGA